GACGAUACGUCGUCUCUCUCUCGUGGACCAUCGAUCGAAUCCUGCGCAUUCGGGGGUGGCUGGCCAUAUUAUUCUUCCCCCGCGCGAUCUCUCUCUCCCUUAAGCAUCCCCUGCUGCUCCUUAGUCGAUGCCGCGGAUCGUGGGCUUCGCUGCCGCGAUUUUGGCCCCGCAAGUCGCGGCGUAGAUCGUAGACGGACAACAACAUCGUCUUCGUCAUCAUGCCGCUCUGUAAAUCCGGAUAGUCCGGGCCGCGGUCUCGAUUUUUUCCCCGAGAUUUUCCGCUUCUCUCACUUCCCCGAAUCUUCUCCUCUUCCAUGAAGCCUCGCUUUCGUCCGGGGUAUCGUUUUUAGUUUCGCUCAUCAUUUUUAAUCGCGACACCCUCUAACUCUCUCUCUCUGUCUCUGCGCGAGGUCGUCGAGAUCCCGAUCGGGAGAAUCAUCUCCUAGGGGGGAAAAAAAUAAGGUGCAAAGCAGCCAGUGGAUUCGCUAUUCUCUCGAUCACUGCACAGUAUCUAGCCGUGUUUUUGUGUGAAAAAAGAAAUCCUCGUACAUGUAAGAGAUUAUAAAUAAACGUGCUCGCCGUAGAAGCAACAGAUAGAGAAAUGGCGAAUUUCCGUGGAUUUUACAUACCCUCCAUCGGAGCAACGGUCAGCGUCGCCUGGGAGACCUUGAAGGCCAAAUGGCCGGAGAACAGUCCUUGCAUGGAGCUUAUCCGCGGCGCCGGCGGCUUGGGCGGCCAAGGUCAUCCUCAAGGUCACGAAGGUCAGGGCCAAUUCAAGUCCUUCGACGAGGGCCGCGGUGACAAUACCGAGAUGAUGACCAUGAACGGGGACCAGGCGUACCGGGAUCAGAACAACGUGGCGAUCGCCGAGGACUCCUUCAGCUACCAGAGGAACGGGGAUAAAGUCAGAACCGGAAGCAUGAGCAGCGGCGAGUUCAGCGAGUACGACGAGGGUGGCGGAGAGUUUGGUAGCCCAGGUAUCAAGAUCAACGAAUGGCAAGCCGCUUGGAACGUUACGAACGCUAUUCAGGGGAUGUUUAUCGUCUCUCUGCCGUUCGCCGUUUUGCGAGGCGGCUACUGGGCGAUCGCCGCGAUGGUCGGUAUCGCGCAUAUCUGCUGCUACACCGGCAAGAUCCUGGUCGAGUGCCUGUACGAGCUGGACACGGUUACGGGUCAGCGUGUACGCGUACGGGACUCGUACGUGGCGAUCGCGAAGGAGUGCUUCGGGCCGACGUGGGGCGCGCGCGCCGUCAACAUCGCGCAGAUCAUCGAGCUGCUAAUGACCUGCAUCCUUUACGUGGUCGUUUGCGGCGAUCUGAUGAUCGGUUCGUUCCCCGAAGGCGCGAUCGACACCCGUAGCUGGAUGAUGCUGAUCGGUAUAUUUCUGCUGCCGCUCGGCUUCCUUAAGUCGCUCCACCACGUCUCCGUGCUGAGCUUCUGGUGCACGAUGUCUCACCUCUUCAUCAAUGCGAUCAUCAUCGGUUACUGCAUCCUGGAGAUCGGUGACUGGGGCUGGUCGAAGGUGAAGUGGACGAUCGACAUGGAGAAUUUCCCAAUCUCGCUCGGUGUUAUAGUCUUCAGUUACACGUCGCAGAUCUUCCUGCCUACCCUCGAGGGCAAUCUCAUUGAUCGCUCCAAGUUUGACUGGAUGCUGAACUGGAGCCACAUCGCCGCGGCCGCGUUCAAGUCGCUCUUCGGCUGGAUCUGCUUCCUGACCUUUCAAAACGACACGCAACAGGUGAUCACCAACAAUCUGCACUCGACUGGCUUCAAGGGCCUGGUGAACCUCUGCCUGGUGGUCAAGGCCGUGCUCUCGUACCCGCUGCCGUAUUACGCGGCCUGCGAGCUCCUGGAGCGCGCCUUCUUUCGCGGACGGCCGAAGACGAUCUUCCCGACCAUCUGGACGGUGGAUCGCGAGCUCAAGGUGUGGGGCCUGGCCUGGCGGGUCGGCGUGAUCGUGUUCACCAUCCUGAUGGCGAUCUUCAUCCCGCACUUCAGCAUACUGAUGGGCUUCAUCGGCUCUUUCACCGGUACCAUGCUCUCCUUCAUCUGGCCCUGUUACUUUCACCUGAAGCUGAAGAGGAACUCGAUGGAGUGGAGCGCGGUCGCGUACGAUUGCUUCGUCAUCUUCCUCGGUGUUCUCUUCGGCGUUAUCGGCGUCUACGAUUCUGGCUCCGCGCUCAUCACCGCCUUCGAGAUCGGUUUACCCUUCUGAACGAUCUCGCGCCGAGUCAUUAGGUCAUUUUAUUCGUUGCGCCUUGGUCCUAUGUCCUCUACCGAAAUGAUAUUAUACGCUCUCGAGUCGUCGAAAUAUUUCAUUUUAACGUAUAUUGUGCAAUAAUUGCUGAUGCAUACGGGAGACUAUUUAUAUAAACAGAUAUACUCUGAAAUAAUAACUAAUAGGCAUUCAAAGUUGCUUUAGGAGGAUAUAUUUUUAAGAAAAAAAAAUUAUAAAUUUAGGUAGCACAGUAAUUAUUUCGACGUUUGUUGGCGUCAAAAUGACUACUUUUUCUCUCUUUAAACAAUAUUCCGAUCCGAUACAAAGAAUUUUUCUUAUAAAAUGUAAUUUGGAAAAAUGUCCUAUAUUAGAAAUUCGUCUCCUAAAAUAAAAAAAUUAAGAUGCAUCGGUGAGCUGAGAUGGAAUUAAAUAUUUCACGUGUUCGAGAGCGACAUAAGAAUUUUGCGUCUACGUUUCUUGAUUAUUU